AUGCCUUCAUCAAAGAUGCCCUUGGAGGUUGGCGAUGUCACCAUCACCAGCUUUACAGUUACCGAUAUUAGAUUUCCCACCAGUCUCGACGGAGUUGGCUCCGACGCCAUGCACGUCGGUACAAAUGGAUCACACCCAUACCUCCAACUCCAUACCAACCACGGUGGGCUGAUGGGGGAAGGUAUUGCCUUCAGCAAUGGCCGAGGAAGUGAACUCAUUUGCAUGGCUUUAAACAUCUUUGCGAAACGGGUAGUGGGAAAGACAAUGCACGAGCUAACUCGCGAUAUGGGCAAGACCUGGCGUUAUAUGGUCUCUGACUCACAGUAUAGGUGGAUCGGUCCUGAAAAGAGCGUCACUCAUCUGGCUGUUGCUGGUGUGCUAAAUGCUGUUUGGGAUCUGUGGGGCAAAAUCCUAGGCCUCCCAGUUUGGCAGAUUGUGUGCGAGAUGAGUCCCGAGGAGAUCGUCCGCAGUAUUGACUUCAGGUAUAUCACGGACGCGAUCACUCCUGACGAAGCUAUCAGUAUGCUUAGAGUAACGGCCAAAGGCAAGGGUGAACGCUUGCAGGAGGCGUUUGACAAUGUUGCCGUACCAGCAUAUACAACGUCAGCGGGAUGGUUGGCAUUCUCGGGUGACAGAAUGAAGGAGGUCUUGCUCGAGACAAUGGCCCAGGGAUACAAGGUUUUCAAGUUCAAGGUUGGAACCAGCGUCGAAGCUGAUAGAGCAAGACUCUCUGCUGUGAGGAACGUCUUGGGCUACGGUGAUGAAUACCAGAUUAUGAUCGAUGCGAACCAGGUUUGGAGCGUGCCUGAGGCUAUCGAGUACAUGAAACACCUUGUUGAGUUCAAGCCAGUCUUUAUUGAAGAGCCCACAAACCCAGACGAUGUGCUGGGUCACGCCGCGAUCCGUAAGGCCCUGAAGCCGUAUGGUGUUGGUGUUGCCACAGGGGAAGCAGCACAAAACCGAGUCACUUUCAAGCAGUUGUUACAAGCUGAAGCAACCGACGUUGCCCAAAUCGAUGCUGUUAGACUUGGAAGCGUGAAUGAAUGUCUUGCUGUCAUGUUGAUGGCUCUGAAGUUCAACGUUCCUUGCGUUCCACACAACGGUGCAAUGGGCUUGACAGAACUCACCUCACAUCUUAGCACGAUUGACUAUGUUGCUAUUAGUGGACGCAAGUCAAUGUUGGAGAAUGCCGAUAGCCACCGCGAGAACUUGCGGCACCCGUCCAAGAUUGUCAAUACUCACUAUGUCACACCGCUGUCGCCUGGCUACUCUACUGGUUACACCGAUGAGGCGAUCGAGAAGUAUACAUAUCCUGAUGGCAGGUUCUGGACAUCUGAAAUCGGGUUGCAGAUAAUCGCACAGCCCACAGGUGGCGAGCUAUAA